CCGCGUGGACAGGGGAGGAGCAAAAUGAAACAAAGGCGGGAUUAAUGACUCGAAGGCCACGCCCCCUCCGAAGAAGGCCCCAGCCUGCCACGACCUCACCCCUCCCCGAAAUAGUAAUUCGGGGAAAUACCCCGCGAAUACUGGGGGAGUGUCUUGCCCCCAGGUUCUCUCAAGACCCACGGGCUCUGUAACUCCACAGCAAGUCCUCCCGGACCUCUCAGGGCGAUUGCCUCCGGAAGCCCAGCCUCAGCCUCUCAAAGCCUCUAGUCCUUGGCCUUUUCGUUGCGAUUAUAUUCGAGAGGGAGCUUCAGAGGGCUCUGUGAGGCUGGGAGGUAGCAGAGAAACCGAGUUCGAAGCCUCGACCCGAAUCUUCAGACAGGAAAUUGGAGCAGGUGGUGUAGUUCCUGGACGCUAAGGACCUCCCUCCUCCCCCCAACCCGUAGCCCAGCGACCCGAAAAGUAAAAACCAUGAGUCUCCGAGUCAAGACUGACCUGGCAGGGGAACAGAGCUUGGGCAGGGGCCGCCCCCGCGUCCUACUGGAGUUCUGAGGUGCAGUCAAGCGGGGAGAGCGAACGCACAGCGCCAGAUUCUGUGGGCGCCGGAGAUCAGGCCCACUGAGCCACAGCUGAGCUUAGGCGAGGCAAGAACGAAGAUAAGGUGGGGAAAGGCGCUGGGUUCCUGGAACCCCAAGGGGACACUGAACUGAGUACGUGUCGCUUGGGAUCCAGGUGUCUUCAUUUUGGGACGUCUGACAAGUGUCCCCAGGGUAUGGGAAGUGGGACUGGGCACCGCAUUUUUUUUUUUUUUUUAAGACAAACCACGUUUCCUAUCUUGGAAAAUGGUGCCACUCACUUAUGCAAGCCUACCCCUCGUUCAGUCCAAAAGCAAAUCUGUCGUCUUCUAAAUAUAUCUCAGGUUCAUGAGCCUAGCCUCCUCGUCCCUGCCGGUCUUCUGCUGGACCAGUCCGCCAUCUCGUGACCAGAGUCGGGAAUAGCCCUACUUCCCGGCGGCCUCCACUCUCCCCGCAAUGCAAUGUGCAGCCAUGGCAGUCUUUACACACAGAGAUCAGAUUAAGUUACUCCUCUGCCAGAAUCUCUCUGGUCAGGGGUUUAACUGUCCAGGUGCUCCUGGCAGCACUCUGUCCUCCCCACAUCAUUGCUGGUUGACUUGUCUCCCCUGCUAGACUGUGCCCUAUUAGGGUGGAAAUUUUGUGCACGGUUGUAUCCCAACACCUGAUGCAGUGAUUCAGUAAACAUCUGUUCACUUAAUAGGAAAGAAAGUUCCCCCUCUCAUUCCCCUAUUCCUGGGCUCCUGCCCUCAAGCAGGAUGUUAUGCACCAGAGUGGCCGUGGGUGAGGACAUUCUGCUCCUCUGGCUGGCCUGGCACUGAUUUCCACCCUGAGCUGGUGUUGUGUCUCUCCUUCCUCUUGGCCAACCACUCUUCCACCAAUAUAAGCCCACACUGGAGGCCAGCAGGCAGUCAUGCAUUUUAUGGCAGGCCCUGCAAGGAGCCAGAGUCUGGGGCCUCUGUGCUUCCACAGCACCCCCCAAGCCCUGUACACUGUCUUCUUAAUAGUGCUGGUCAUGAUGAGUUUGGCGUUUGGUAAGUUUGUUCCUAUCAAUUGGGAACCCCCUCAACCACUUCCAUUCCCCAAAUACCUGCGCUGCUACCGAUGCCUCUUGGAGACCAAGGAGCUAGGGUGCCUUCUGGGAUCUGACAUCUGCCUCACCCCGGCUGGCAGCAGCUGCACCACUCUCCACAUAAAGAACGUUAGUGGUUCUGACAUCAUGGUGAGUGACUGCCGAAGUAAGGAGCAGAUGAGUGAUUGUUCGAAUACCCGAACUUCUCCGGUUUCUGGCUUCUGGAUAUUCUCUCAAUGCUGCUUCCUGGAUUUCUGCAAUGACCCUCAAAACAGAGGGCACUAUACCUUAGAGUGACUGCAACAACCUUUGGCAUAAAAUUCCAUCAGUUUCCAGCCACCUUCCUGACUUCUCUCAGGGCUUGGCCAGGACUUCUAGUCCUUCAUACCAGCUCUCCUUGCCUCCCUCCAGUCACGGGAUCCCAGCCUUGGUCUUCCUCUUGGUUGACACCCUUCAACACCCUUACUCCCACUCUGCACCCCCCAGUCCUGCCCCUCCUCCCCCAGGUUUCCUCUGUUGUCCCUAGUCCCUGGGUGUUUCUCCAAAAUAAAUUUGUGUGCAAACUGUU